AAAAAUUUCAUCUCCAGGUACCAGGCAAGCAUAAACAUGAAGCAUUUAUUUCUCCUCGUGCUAACGGUGGUGGCGACCUGUUGUGCCCAGCAGCAGUACUACAACCGCUACGACAAUGUCAAUGCUGACUCCAUUGUCCAGAAUGAACGAGUGCUGCUUGCCUACUACAAGUGUGUCAUGGACAAAGGACCUUGCACUAAGGAUGGAAGGAACUUCAAAAGAGUGCUCCCCGACACACUGUCCACCGCGUGCGGGCGCUGCUCCCCCAAACAGAAGGUGAUCGUGCGAACGUUGCUCCUCGGCAUCAGGGCCAAGAGCGAGCCGCGCUUCAACGACCUGCUGGACAAGUACGACCCUGACCGCUCCAACCGGGACGACCUAUACAAGUUCCUGGUCACUGAUAAAAUGUCGUUAUCAAGCUUAAUCAUAGUGACUGCGCUGUCGAUGGUCACGGCCGACUUCUACAGCUCGAAAUACGAUGACUUCGACAUCCAACCUUUGCUGGAGAACGACAGGAUCCUGCUAGGCUACACCAAGUGCUUCCUCGACCAGGGUCCCUGCACACCCGACGCGAAGGACUUUAAAAAAGUGAUCCCCGAAGCCCUAGAGACCAUAUGCGGCAAAUGCACGCCAAAACAAAAGCAGCUGAUAAGGCAAGUCAUCAGAGCCAUCAUGGAGCGGCACCCGGAGUCCUGGAAGGCGCUGAACACGAAGUUCGAUCCGGAAAACAAACAUAAGGAAGACUUUGAUAAAUUUCUGGCUGAAAGUAGAAAAUAAAUAUUACGAAUUA